AAAUCCAUCAGGAUGAACGGUCACAUCUAUGUAUAUAUACUGCGCAUUGCUUUAGCCUGCUCGUGAUUCAGAAGCAAGGCAGUAUACUGUGCUGUAGAAAUUUAUUGAGAGGGAGAUAAAGCUACACAAGCGCAUCGGUAUCGAUCAAGCAGAGAAGCAUGAUGGAGAAGACCAUGACGACGGCCGUGAAAGGGAGCACGUCGGCGGCCACCGUCGACGUUGAUGUGGAGGCUCUUUCCUGCCCAAGAUGCCUUCAGCUCCUCGUACCUCCAGUUCUGCAGUGUGCAGCUGGUCACCUGAUCUGCUCCUCCUGCCACGACGACCUCCCGGACAAGAACAAGUGUGUAUCCUGCUUCACCAAGUGCUUCUUCACCACAAGCUACGGCCGCUGCCACGCCGUCGAGGCUAUACUUCGAUCCGUUCGCGUCGCCUGCCCCAACACCAUCCACGGAUGCACUGCGGGGAAGAUGCUCUACCACGAGAAAGCCGAGCACGAGAAGACAUGCCGCCCCAACAUAGCCGACUCCGCCGGCGGCCUCCCAAGAUCAGUUGUGAAGAUGGGUCCUUGCGGUGGCGACGGCAACGCCUGGGAGAUGGACUUGCAAGGGAUUGACCGUAUCAUUAAGGUGGUUGUCUGGACCCGCGCCGUCAAGGUCGACGUCGUAUGGGUAAUGUAUGAGCGAGAUGGCCAAGAGCAUACUGAAAAAUGGGGUUAUGCUGGGCAUGAGGCCGAGCUAUCAGAGAUCUGUCUGGAGUCCGACGAGUACCUCACUGGCGUCAAAGGGCACGUAGGCAAAUACUACGGCACGGACGUGGUUAGUUCCAUCACCUUCGUCAGCAACCGCCGCACCUAUGGCCCGUUUGGGUAUACGCAAGGCAAGCCGUUCGAGCUCCUAGCUGCAGCAGGAGGUAGAAUCGUCGGCUUCCACGGACGAUCCAAAGAAUACCUCGUCGCUCUAGGCACGUACGUUAAGAUGGACGUCUAGUCGUUUUUCUUGCCAUCUAUCGUUCCUGCUGCGUGAACAAGAUAUACGUCCUUGGUGACUGAACAUUGUACGCACUGUUGUUAACGUGGACAGUCUAUUUUGUAUCGUGAUUGAUGUAUGUUGCCACACAUGUGGCUCAAUUUGAUCAUCUAGUUAAUAUUCGCGAAGUAACCGUACGCAUGUUUGGUGUAGCACUGACCGUUAAUUUGAAAAGAAUGAACUGUGCUAUGAAAUGUUA